AUGAGCGCCACUGUCGUCCAGUACCCGGUUUCGCCCCGUGCUCCGUGCUCUCGACUCGCCAACAAAGUCGCAGCUGCCAAGAAGUGCAGCGGGUCUCACGUGCGCGUCCCGUCCGAGCGCCUUGCGCUUGUCCUUGACAUGGACGAGUGUCUAGUGCACAGUAAAUUCCGGAACGAAGUGGAGGAUUACCGCCAACAAGAGCACCGGCCCGAGCAGACGGAGCAGUACAGCGACUCGUUCGAGAUCGUCUUGGACGACGGCGAGCGGGCUAUUGUCAACAAACGACCGGGUCUCGACCGGUUUCUAGAGGAAGCAGCCAAACACUAUGACGUGUACGUCUUUACCGCCGGCCUUGAGGCGUACGGGAAGCCCAUUCUCGACGUCCUUGACCCAAAGGGCACGAUCUUUGCCGGUCGGUUCUUCCGCGAGUCCUGUCGGCAGCACAAAGGCAUGUUUCUCAAGGACCUUCGGGUCAUCCACGGUCGGGACUUGUCGCGUGUGAUUCUUGUGGACAACAACCCCGUGUCGUUCCUCAUGCAGCCGAGCAACGGCAUCCCCGUGCCAAGUUUCUACGACGACAAAAAGGACCGGACUCUUGAGUCUCUUAGUAAAGUACUGACGAGUUUGCAAGAUGUGGAGGACGUGCGGCCGCGGCUGCACCAGCUCUUCCGCCUAGCAGAUCUAUUGGCCGAACAUCAGCGCAUGAUUCUUGGGUAA